AUGUGGCUCAUAGGAAACGCAGCGCAGCGCGCGUUAGAACAUGUGAGCAAGGUGGACGAGCGUGGACGAGCAAGAAAAGAAACAAGUCAGCGUUACAUCAUAUUCUCUGUUCCUCUUCCCUUUUUAGUGCUUAUUUCACUUAUCCGAGUCGGACAAGCUCAAGUUCUGUCUGUGGAGCCGAAUUCACCUCAAAUAUUCAGAGGAGAGACGGUUACACUCACAUGUAGGAUUUCAGGAUGGAGUGGACCGUACUACUGGAACAAAGAUGGUGGUUAUAGUCACAGAUCUGCUGAAAAUUACUACACUAUAAAAGUAGACCAGAGUCACAGAUACAGAUGUUACGGGUCUAUUUAUGGAUGGUCAACGCCAUGGAGCAAGGAAGUGACUCUCUCAGUGAUAGAGAGACCAAAAGCCGUUCUGACUCUGCAGCCUGAUGGACAGAUAUUCAGUGGACAGGAAGUCACUUUCACAUGUGAAAUACGAGGACAUGCAGACACUGAGUGGAUGUACAACUGGAAUAAAGAUGGUGUCCAAAUAUUCUCCUACACUGAGAGCAGGAAAUAUUCAUUCACUGCUGUAGAGUCUCUCAGCGCUAAAUACACCUGCAGCGGACGGAGAAGAAGCGACUCUCAGACCUCAGAGACCAGCAACACUGUUACACUCACUGUGUCAGAAAAACCCAAACCGACUGUGAGAGUGAAUCCUCAGAGCUCCGUCUACACUGGAGACAGAGUUACUCUGAACUGUAAUCUGCUGUCUAAUGGAUGGACUUUUCUCUGGUACAAAGAUCGAGUCCAAGUAGCUGAAGACACCAACACACUCCAUGAUACAGUCUCUAAUGCAGGAGAAACAGUGUAUCAGUGUAAAGCACGCAGAGGAAACUACGACUCAGAGCUCAGUGAUCCAGUUACAGUUACAGUUAGAGCGCUCCCAAAACCUGUGGUGUCCAUAAAUCCUGAUGUACAGCUGUACAGAGGAGAGACUGUCACUCUCAGAUGUGACCUACAGGAUGAAGAGGACUCUGACUGGAUCUACAGCUGGAAUAAAGAUGGUUCUGGUGUUAGUAGUGAACAGGAGUACAGAAUCAGUAAUGCUGAAACAUCUCAUGCAGGUAAAUACACCUGUAGAGGAAGAGAGAGAGGAGGCUCACACUCCUCACACACCAGUGAUGCUGUUACACUGACUGUAUCAGGUUCAACAUACAAUACUGUUAUAGUAUUUGUGUCUGUGGGACUGAGUUUGGCCUUUCUGUUCAUCAUCCUUUUACUGAUCCUGCAUUGGUGGCACAAAUCCAACAAAGGAAAGCACAGAGACAUACAGCAGAACAGCAAUCAGACACCAGGCCAGAACCCGAGUCAGUCAGGAGCUGAGGAUUCUCAGUCAGGACACGCUCCACUUCAGACCGAUGUGCACAUUUAUGCCACUGUGGAGAACGCAAGUAAAAGUGACUCUGCAGCUGAACUCAGUGGGGCCGUUUAUGCACAGGUCAUGAAGAAAAAGGAGUCAUACAAGAAUAAAGAUGAUGAUUCUGGACUCAGUGAUGUGAUUUACACUGAGCUUGAACUCAAGCCACAGAAAAAAGCAAAGAAAAAUCAAGUGAAGGUCAGUGUAGAGUAUGAAACUGUUUAUUCACAGCUGAAGCAGAGCACAUAGGUGCUGGAGGAGUGAAUACACAACUGAACAGAUGAGAGAGA